AUGUCUUCCAAUGAGAAAAAGCGCCUUCGAGAUCGUCGCUCACAGCAGACUCUCCGCGAAAAGAAGCUGCGACAUACGGCCCAGCUUGAAGAGCAGGUGGCGCACUGCCAGCAGCAUCACAGCAACCAAGGCGUGCAACGCCUUCUCCAAGUAAUCGAAGGGCUCCGCAAACAAAAUGAAGCUCUUCUCACGCGCCAAAAAAGCUUGAAGUCCCUCGUCAACUCCUGGGAGACAGAUCUGGAUGAACCAACUGCCACCGAUGACUCCAGCCAUGACUUGUCAUCUAUGUAUAAGGAGACGAGCAACCGAGAAGCCCAAUUCUCCCUCCAAACGAACUUCAACGAACCAAUACCCCAACACGGGAUAAGCAGCCUUCUCAACGCCCCUAUAUCUGCCAUAUCAACACCGCGAAUUCAAUCCCCAUCUCUAGCACCUCUUUCCGCCGAAACCGCGCCUCUAUGGAACCAAAUCCCGCCACACACUGAUGACUUCAGCACACGCACUACGAUCUCCUGUCCGUGGUUCGUCUACCCAGAACUGAUAAUCCCAUGUCCAGACAUCCCCAGUUCCCCUCUUGACUUCAUCUAUGGCACAAAAACGAACCCGCUAGCAGACAUGAUCCACACGGCCCUGCAACGCCGCCCAGUCCGCGCUCCGGAGCGACUGGGUACUGGCUGGCUGACCUACCACUUCUCGAGAUGGGUCCUCGCACCCAGCCCGGAGACUUAUGGUCGGCUUCCUGUGUUUCUCAGACCCGUGCAGGGCCAGAUGGCAGUUCCGCAUCCGCUCGUGUUAGAUUUCUUGCCGUGGCCAAGGUUGAGGAUGAAUCUAAUUCGGCGGUGGCAUCUGUAUAGCAAAGACCGGGAUGACCUGUUCGGGUUCAUGGCUUGUUGUGUGAAGAUUCGAUGGCCUUGGAAUGAGACGAUUCUCGAACGGAAUGAGCAGAACGAGUUGUGUAUCAAAAAGGCGUUUUAUGAUAUGUUUAUGAGUGAAAGUGGGUGGGGGCUUACGCCAGAGUUUAUUAGACGGUAUCCUGAUCUUGUGGAGGGGAUGGAUAUCAAUCAAAUUGUAAUUGAGCUUUUAUAA